UGCCAAAUAAUAAAGAGGAAACGUCAACCAUCGAAACUACUGCUUCAUUAAAAAGAAUUAAAACCACCAAGUCUCUAUUGGCAUCUGCUUCUUCCAAAUCUGAUGAUGAGAAUGAUGAACAAGAUAAAUUAAUUGAAAUUGAUCUCAUGAGUAUUAAGAAACAGUUAGAGAUAGUGUCAUUGAUUGAGAUAC